CAUCAUACCUCCUCCAUAAAUUCACCCCAACUGCACCUGUUCCAUUCAUUCCUACACCCUCGAAAAUAGUAAACAAGUGAGACAGCAGAGAAAGGAAAAGAAAUGGGGCUCUCAAGAUGCAUGUUUGGUGCAUUUCUUGUUGUCUCCAUGGUUUUAUCCGUUGUUCAUGGAGACCCUUUAGUCCCUGCACUCUGUAUCUUCGGGGACUCCGUUGUUGAUGCCGGAAACAACAACAAUUUGCAGACGUUGAUCAAGGCCAAUUUCCCUCCUUAUGGGAGAGACUUUGUCUCCCAUAGACCUACCGGAAGGUUCUGCAACGGGAAGCUCGCCACGGACUUCACAGCUGAGUACCUGGGGUUCAAUUCAUACCCCCCUGCAUACCUAAGUCAAGAAGCAAGGGGAAGGAACAUCCUUAAUGGUGUCAACUUCGCCUCGGCUGCUUCAGGAUACUAUGAAAACACACCACAGCUCUACAGGGCUCUCACAUUGACACGGCAGCUAGAAUAUUACAAGGACUGGCAGAGCAAAGUGGUGAAUUUGGUAGGAAGGACCAAAGCUAAUGACAUAUUCUCAGGAGGAAUCCACCUUGUAAGUGCUGGAAGCAGUGAUUUCAUUCAGAAUUACUACAUCAAUCCACUUCUCAACAGAGCCUACACCCCAGAUCAGUUCUCAGACAUUCUCAUGAGGUCAUACUCUAGCUUUAUCCAGAAUCUAUACAAUUUGGGAGCAAGGAGAAUUGGAGUAACAAGUCUACCACCAACCGGAUGCUUACCGGCUGCAAUUACCUUGUUUGGUGCUGGAAGCAAUCAGUGUGUUGCAAGGCUGAACCAUGAUGCUAUUUCAUUUAACAAUAAGUUGAACACCACAUCUCAAAAUUUGAAGGCCAAUCUUCCUGGACUGAAACUUGUUGUCUUUGAUAUUUACAAUCCUCUACUCGAUAUGAUCGUGAAGCCUGCUGACAGUGGAUUCUUUGAAUCAAGGAGAGCUUGCUGUGGGACUGGUACGAUUGAAACAUCAUAUCUAUGCAAUGCAAGGUCAGUGGGAACUUGCUCAAACGCUACGCAAUAUGUGUUCUGGGAUGGAUUCCACCCCUCUGAAGCAGCUAAUGAGAAACUGGCGCAAAAUCUACUCGAACAGGGAUUUGAUCUCAUCUCUUAGUGCCGUCUAGUUCCACUUGAAUUGUCUGCUGAUACAUAUAUGAUAUGUUUUUAGAGUAAAUAAGGUUGUUUUGAUUGUUUGUUUUCUAAAGUUAGUUAAUAUAUCAAGAAUGAGACAUUUAAGCGUCAAGAAGAGUAGCAGAUUCAGCUAUCCAAUCAGAGGAGUUUGUUGCUUGUUUUCAGCCUCUUUAAUGAGAAGAAGAUUGUUAUGCUAUGCAAGAAUUUGUUUUAAAA